CUUCCUUGUAGAGACAGUCAAAGGUGUAAGUCGUUCUCUGGACAAUUUCAGUCGUCUGCAGUGGAGCUGUGAAGGUGAACGCAAUGGGUAAAAUAGAGUGGGCGAUGUGGGCCAACGAGCAGGCUCUGGCUUCAGGACUCAUUCUCCUCACUGGAGGCAUUGUGGGGGUGGCUGGACAGUUCAGGGGUUGGCAGUUUGCUGCUUAUGCAGUUGCUGCUGGAGUGUUUGUGUGUCUUCUUGAGUAUCCCAGAAGCAAGAGGUCCAAGGGCACAAGUAUGGCCAGAACGGGCCAGUACUGCUUCACUGUGUGUGUAAAAGCCUUCGGGCCAUUAACAAGGAACUACUAUGUCAGAGCCUUUUUGCACGCUGCAAUCUGUGUACCUGGAGGCUUCAUGCUGGCCACGGUCCUCGGAUGUGUGUGCCUCGGUAUAGCCAGCCUCAUCUACCUUGCGGCAGCUAUCCAUGGUGAGCACUGGGAGCCCAUUCUUCCACGGAAGGAGAUCCGAAAGCCAGUAGAUAGCGUAAAGAAUCCUCCUCAGAACCCACCUCCAAGACCUCCUCCAGAGAUGCACAGGAAACGGGUUGAUGACCUGGAGGGAGCAGCAUAUGAUAACCCCAUGACUGUGACCGACGAGUAACCAGUCUAGUGCCCCAUCCUCUUUAUCUCUGUAACCAGUCACUGCGGGACGUCACCAGGUUCUGUGAUUCUGGACAAAUGGAUAGUUUUCGGAAGCCUAGUGAAGUUAGUGACUGGACAACAUGUCGGGUACAUGUUUUUAUACCUCAACCUGCAGAGAAAUAUCUUAAAAAUUGAAUAUCAUGUUUUACUUUUGAACAAAAAAACAUGCCACAGGAGAUAAAUGUAAAUGCUAUAGCUGCUAAGUGGCAACCACAUAUAUGUAUUGUCAAGUCAAAGGACUUUAUGUUGUAUUUUAACUGCUGUGAUAAAAGUAAAAUAAUAAGUAAAAUACUUGUUUUCUGCUCCAACCAUCAUAUAUUUCAAACUUUGUUGCAUCCACUGUAUUGUGUUGUCAUUCAUAGAUCUCACAAUAUAUUGUAAACUGUAUACAUUAUGUUACAUUCUGUUCUUAACCCUUGUGUAAUUGUGUUAGCUAAACACAAUACUGUGGGGCAACAGUCUACUGUCUGCUAGGAAUAAAUUGACACAUUUUAUUUUGGCAGUAUCAGGCUGAUAUUAACCAUAUAUUAUUUUUUUGUGUACUUUUGAUAUCUUGUAAUCAAAUCCAUUGCACUCAUCGAAUCAUAUCUGUCUUAGGUUUGUACUUUCUUGCAUCUCAUUUUACAAGUUUCCUUUGGAAAAUUAUUUUAAGUAAUGACAUUUGCAACUUCCCCCUUUCGCAAACACACUGAAUUUCAAUAAACCAGAAUUUCCCCUUCUCAUCUCAAGUGUUUCUUGAGAUGCAAUUUUUCAUUGCAACAUAGUUUGUCACAGUACCAUCCUUUGUUGGCUUGUGAUGGAAAGAAUGUACAAUUAAAACAUCUGGCUUAACUGCUAGUUGUCAGACAA